AUGUUCAUCCUCACCACCUUCGACGAUGUCGUGCAAAUACCGCCACAUGGAUUUGUGAACAACCAAAUUACCCGGCAAGACCUCGAAGAUCGCAUCAAUGAGAAAUAUUCAAACAAAGUUGUGCAGAAGGUCGGGCUGUGCAUUUGCAUGUAUGAUCUGCUGAAAGCUUCUGAUGGCUUGAUCGGUCAUGGCACGGGAAAUGCCAAUGUCAAUGUUCAGUUCCGAAUGAUUGUGUUUCGACCCUUCAAAGGCGAGAUCAUUACCGGCGUUAUCCAGAAAUGUACACCUGAAGGCAUUCGGGUUACAACCCGAUUCUUCGACGACAUUUUUGUCCCGCCAACCAUGCUGUUCGAGGGUUGUGUCUACAACGAGACCGAAAAGACCUGGGUCUGGGAGACUGAAGGUGAUCCAAUCUACCUCGACGAAGGCACGAUCGUCAACAUACGUGUCGAGGCCGAAAAGUGGAAUGACCAAGCACCAACACCUCCCAAGAUCAGGAAACCGGGCGAGCCUGAACCAGACCCGGUGGUAGAGCAUAGAGUGCCCUACUCUAUCGAGGCAUCAAUGGGCGAGCCUGGGCUGGGCGGUGUGGACUGGUGGUGA